AUGGCUCCUCAUCCAUCCUUGAGCCGCAAUCUGUGGCAGCAGAUUGACUCCGACGACACCCAGGGGCCUACAACAACCACUCCUCGUUUGGCUCAUUCCCUGCUCGAACGCCGCUCAGUUUUGAGCUUGGCUGCGAGUGAGUUAUACAUCUUUUGUGGGAGCCAAAGCCAGGAUAUUCCGGUCUGGGACCGAAAGUCUCUUCGGUUUAAAGAUAGUCUACGCGGCCACACAGGAUCUGUGCUUGCCCUCGAAUACGCGGAAGAGGAGAAAUGGCUGUUCAGCGCGUCUGGAGAUAGCACAAUUCGCGUUUGGUGCACGGCCUCACUAACACCACUCUACGUUAUUUCGCCUUACCUUGAAACCGGUGCAGGCGAUUUGUUCUCUUUGACAUGGGUUCCGUCAUCUCGAACACUCUAUGUCGGCUGCCAAAACACAUCCAUUCAAUGGUUCGACUGUAACAAAGACCUGCAGGUGCCAUCUCCCCAAGGAGAGUCUGGCACUUCCACUCCCCGCCGACGCGAAGUACAUAAAUUCUUCGACAGUUACCCCCAAUACGAACGCCGGCCAGCAGAUAUAUACGCCAACAAUGGGCCAGGCGCGCAGCCGCAGAGUCGCGACAUUUCUCCUCAUUCCGAGCGCGGAGGCAAGUCCCCUCGAGCGUUCUUGAACAUUUCAGAAGGGAAUGUCAUGGAUUUCGCCCAUUUCGGGUAUAUAUACUGCAUGGCGUUGCUGCAAGAAGAGGGGGGCUCGUCGCAGGUGCGUCUCGCGACCGGAAGUGGUGAUGAAUUCGUCAAAAUUUGGAAUUGCUCGGAUGGGACACCAACAGAAGUACAUGCUUUUGAGUGUACUAACAGCGGCGCAAUCUUCUCUCUUGUCGUUAAAGACGAUUCUACCCUCUUCGCUGGGUGCCAAGAUGGCUCUGUGAAAGUCCUAGACCUGGGUACCAAGACUCUAGUGAGAAGCCUCAUCGUGCAAGAGGGAGUUGAUGUACUUUCUUUGUCAAUAACUGGCUCAGAUCUAUAUGCUUGCUCUGCCGAUGGUAAUGUCCAACGCUUUUCCGCGUCUUUCGAUUGCACCGCUGCAUGGAAAGCCCACAAUGGAAUCGUGCUUUCCUCGAUCAUCACGACGGACAAGACCCACGCGACCUUAAUUACCGGGGGGAACGAUGACCAUAUCAAGAUGUGGGAGCUGUCAACAUCUUCUGAAGACCCGAUCGCGUCCCCGAGCUUUGGCAGCUCUCAAAUCCCAGACACUCUCACAUAUGCACUGUCCAAGUUCAUAUCCAUUCCGAGCGUGAGCUCCAAUCCGUCACACCGAGAGGACUGUCGCCAGGCAGCGAUAUGGUUAAAGAAAUGCCUAGCCCAGCUCGGCGCUACUGCGCAGCUUCUGCCGACGGAGAAUGGGAAGAAUCCGCUUGUUCUUGGGACUUUUACUGGUGUAACACCGAGGAAUAAGACAGAUAAGCCCCGGGUACUAUUUUACGGGCACUACGAUGUCAUACCGGCGCCGUCAGAGGGCUGGGACUCUGACCCCUUUCAUCUCAAUGGACGAAAUGGGUACCUAUACGGCCGAGGGUGUACCGACAACAAAGGGCCAAUUCUUGCUGUUGCUUUUGCAGUAGCGGAGCUCCUCGCAGCACGGAAACUCGGUCUCGAUGUUGUAUUCCUGAUUGAAGGCGAGGAAGAAUGUGGAAGUGCAGGGUUUGACGAAGCUGUGCAAAAACACAAGGACAUAAUUGGCCAUAUCGACGCAAUCCUCGUCAGUAACUCGACCUGGUUUGGAGAGGAUACUCCAUGUAUCACCUACGGGUUGCGUGGCGUUGUCCAUUGUUCAUUGGAAAUAUCCAACGACCGUCCUGACCUGCAUUCCGGUAUCGAGGGUGGUGCUGUCGUCGAACCGCUUCUGGAUAUGGUCCAUUUACUGGCCACCCUGACGGACCCAGAGCAUCGAGUGAAGAUACCGAGCUUUUAUGCUCAAGUACGGAAGCAGGACGCCGCUGAAAAAGAACGCAUCGCACAAAUUGCUGAAGGCUCAACCACGACAUCAAUAUUGUCUUCUCGUUGGUGCGAACCCUCUUUGACGGUUCACUCGAUAGACAUUUCUGGGCCUAGAAACGCAACGGUUAUUCCUGGCACCAUCAAGUCUCAAGUUUCGAUACGGAUCGUACCAGAUCAAGAUUUAUGCACUAUUUCCCAGUCCUUGAGCCAUUACCUGGAGACCUCUUUCAAGGCGCUCAACUCGCCCAACAAGCUGAAGCUGGCCGUGAAGCAUACAGCUGACUGGUGGCUAGGCGAGCUCGAGGGCUUCUGGUUUGAUGCUCUCGAGAACGCUGUCGCGGCGGAAUGGGGCAUAAAGCCGCUACGUAUCCGAGAAGGCGGAUCCAUUCCUUCGGUGCCUUUCUUGGAGAAGGAGUUUGGCUGUCAUGCGUUACACCUUCCCAUGGGCCAGAGCUCCGACCAGGCGCAUCUGCCGAACGAGCGCAUAUCGCUGGAUAACUUGAGGAAGGGAAAAGCAGUCGUUGAGCGAUUUUUCAAGACGGUGGUUGGAGGAUAA